CCCCGCGCUUCUUCCAACCGGGCUCUGGUCAGCAGCAAAGAGAGACGUCCCCAUGAAUGUAGGGUGUAAAGGUCAUCUUCCACCUUCACUACCACACACUGGCACGACUUCCACUCACUUCCACCUCUCACCACUCGCUCGAUAUGCCCGCCUACCACGCCCACGCAGCGCAGCGUCCUCUCCAGCCGGCACUGCCCAAAGGCUCCCUCGUCGUCAUCACGGGCGCAACUGGCUUCAUUGGCUCACACACUGCCUCUGCCUUGCUCGCCCACCCGAACAACUACCGCAUCCGCUGCCCUGUCCGUUCGGAGGAAAAGGCAGCUGGGCUCACCUCAUAUGUUGAGAAGCACUUCGGCAAAGGCCGACUGGAGACUCCUCUGGUCAAGGAUAUGGCUGCCCCAGGCGCAUACGAAGGCAUCAUCGACGACGAUGUGAAAGGUGUCAUUCACCUGGCUACGGAUGUCAGCUUUGGUGAAACGUGGGAAGUCAUCGAGAACUCCAAGGCCGGAAUCGAGAAUCUCCUCCAUACCAUCUCAAAGCACCCCUCCGUCACCCGCCUCGUCCUCACCUCCUCAUCUGUAGCCCUUGGCCAGCCCUCAAGUGUGCCACGCUCGAAGUUCGACCCUGCUCACCCAGCCAAAGUCUGGGACCAUGACACCUGGGACGACGAAAUGCCUACUUUCGCCCGCCAACAAGCAGACAAGCAGGCCAAAGGCGAAGAAACAGACAAAACGCCCGGAAAGCUACCCAUGGCCAUGUACGCCACAUCCAAGAUCCUCUCUGAACGAGCAGCAUGGGAAUGGCUCGAAGACACCAAGCGUAGCAACAACUUGACCUUCACCACUGUGCACCCGAAUGCCACUUUGGGCGAACCCAUCCUCCCAAAGGGAGCGGCCUCUAUCCCGGGCGAGUGGCUUUGGAGCUUGUACAAGGGCGAGACGGCGACGUAUGACAGUGCCUCGCCUCAGCACUUCUGUAAUGUUCGUGACAUCGCCAAGGCUCACGUUGCCGCUAUCGCUAGGGAUGAUGUGGGGAAUGAGCGCAUCUUGGGCUUCACUGGUCCCUUUGGAUGGAGUGACUGCACUCGUGUCUUGAUCAGAGACUUUCCCGACAAGAAGGGCAUCAUUGCUGCUCCGAAGGAAGGAGACGAGGAUACCAUUGAUGCGACGCUGGUCAAGAAUGCGAGGUUCAAGGAGCUCUGUGGUGGGAGUUUGAUUGGGUUUGAAGAGAGUGUGAGGGAGACGAUCCAGGGGCAGAUCAAGAGUGGCGCAAAGCAGGAUACCAAGGCGUAGGCUGCAGAGCGAGCAUGAUGGAACAGAUGUACAUAGGCGCGCUGGUAGAGGGACAAGUUCAAUUGGCGCGCUCCAAUAUUCUGACGGUACGAUCGAAGCCACACGUUGCCACACGUCCGUCGCUCAAAGUGAUCACAUCCUUGAUAACUCCAUUCAUAGUACCCAUUCUCCAUCUCUUUGCCUUCUCCUCCGCGCUCAUCCCUGCGCC